CCACGUAGUUCAUCUUAAUGAAAAAAAACAAAUCUUAAUCCAUUAGUCUUCUCCUCACUCUUCAGCUCUUGCAACGUCAGCUUCUCUGUCCUAUUCUCAGUCCACAUUUUUCCGUCGGCGGGGCCACCACUUCCGUCUCCGGCCACCGCCACCGCCACUGCAGCCCACCGCUAACGGCUUCUUCAACUUUUGAUACCAUUAUUAGUCAUUGGAGACCCCAUAGCUACUGCACAUGUGUUAACCGGCGUCGCUUCACCCAGCUGCACUCAACCAGCACGCCAAUCAAAGUCCUUUCUUCUUGCAGGGCAGAUGAUAUAUUCUGAAUACAUCAAAAUGCGAGCGUUUGUGUUCUAGUACAAGCAGAGGCCAAAUUGAAGCAAGGCGGAGGCUGAGAUUCAUUAGAUAUCAUUGUGACACAGUUAAAGUUAGUUUGGUGGUUAUUUUCACAACAUGCCUGAGAGUGAGCCAUUUUUUUGGAUGGAAGAGCAUGCAGGGAAGCUCUAUGUUCCUGUAGGUAUGAAAAGAAAAGCUAGAACAAGGAAACUGGAGUUUGUUGGGUGGGGAUCAAGGCCACUUAUUGAGUUUCUUGAAUCAAUUGGUAAAGAUACCAGUAAACAGAUUUCUCAAUAUGAUGUUACUGCCAUUAUAAAUAAAUAUGUAAAUGAUCAUAACCUUCAUCACCCAGCAAAAAAGAAGAGGAUUCUUUGUGAUGAGUGGCUCCUUUCUCUUUUUGGAAGGAAAACCAUUGCCCGAAACAAAAUCUAUGAAAUGCUGGGAACGCACUUUGCUGAAAACCAAGCCGAUUCAGAUGAUGAUUUUCUUUAUAGUUCAGAAGAAGAGGAUUCUGCCUGUCAGCAACAGAAGAAUUUAACUUCAGAAAGAAAAACAUAUAUUAAAAAGAAGGUUUUGGAAGCUCCAAAAAGCUGUUUUGCGGCCAUAAUUCCUGAUAAUAUUAAACUCGUCCAUUUGAAAAGGAGUUUAGUUCAGGAUCUUCUCAAGGAACCGGAAACAUUGGAAGGAAAAAUUGUAGGAAGCUUUGUAAGAGUCAAGUCUGACCCAAAUGACUACCUUCAGAAAAACUCUCAUAUGCUUGUGCAAAUUACAGGUUUAAAGAAGGGCCCUGAGUCCAAUGAUAAGGGUGCAGAAAUUGUUCUUCAAGUUUCAAAUUUUAUGAAAGAUGUCCAUAUAUCCAUGCUUUCCGAUGAUAACUUCUCUGAGGCAGAAUGUGAGGAUUUGCGUCAGAGAAUAAAAGAUGGUUUGCUAAAGAGGCCAACUCUUGUCGAGUUGGAAGAGAAGGUUCGUGUCUUGCAUCAAGAUGUAACAAAUCAUUGGCUUGUGGGAGAACUUGCUUUACUACAAAAGCUAAUUGAUCGAGCCAAUGAAAAGGGGUGGCGCAAAGAACUCUUUGAAUACCUGGAUAGAAGGCAGCUGCUGCAGACUCCAGAUGAACAAUCUCGGCUGUUGCGUGAAGUUCCAGAAGUUAUUGCUGAUGAAGUAGAAGUUGAAACUACUCCACAGGAUUGUCCAGAUGGUAUAGAAGAGGGAAAUCAUAUUUCACCAGAAUCAGUCCCCAAUGAAGGUGCUGAAAUCCGUAUUCGUGAUGUGGCAGCGAAGAAAGUUCCAGCAGCUUGGAUUUCUUUUAAUGUAGAUUCAACAGGGAACCAUGCAGCCAUGGCAACAUCAAAUCAGAACAAUAGAAUGGGGAACCAAGCAGCCAUGGCAACAUCAAAUCAGAACAAUAGAAUGGGGAACCAAGCAGCCAUGGCAACGUCAAAUCAGAACAAUAGAAUGGAUGAGCAAAAGCAACCAACAGAGAUUGAUUGUGAGAGAGAUGGUAAAAUGCAGCCUAUGAAUGGACAAGAGCAUUCUCAAUCUCAAGGUGUGAUGAAUGUCGAGGUGAUCAAAUUGAGUAGUGAUGAUGAAGAAGAAGAUGAAGAAAAUGAAGAAGAUGAAGAUUCAAGUGAUGAUGAUAUGUCAAGCUAUAUAUGGUAUUAUAAAGAUCCUCAGGGAGAUACACAGGGUCCAUUCACAAUUGCAUCAUUGAAACGUUGGAGUGAUGCUGACUAUUUUCCUCCAAAUUUCAAGAUAUGGCAGGCAGGACAGAGCCCAAAGGAAGGUGUUGUACUGAGAGAUGUUCUUCGCGAGACAUAUCCAGAUUGAUUCCGGACGCGAAUAUCCAGAUUGAUUCCGGACAGUUCCAUCUGGUGGUCUGUUUCUCACAUUUGGUGUCCUUGUACAACAUGCAGGACUGCUAGAAAGUUAUACAAAUAAAUUGCAGGGCCUCUAUUAAGGAAAAUCCAUCAUUCCUGUAUGGUAGAGACUGUAAAAUCCCUGUUUGCCCUGCCAAUAAGAACUCUCAGGGACUGCCUGUUUGUACAUUUUAGCUCUUAUUAAUUUCAUGCAAUAUGGCUUCUAUAGACUGUUGUGUAACCUUUUUAAAUAAAAUUGACCGCCAUCUUUCAGUA